AUGCCAAUUGACGCGGCAACCUCAGCUUUAAAUUUAUCGUUCCCACCUACAUCAUCGGCUCCAGGAUUUAUAGUUCCUCAAAGUCGUUCUUUUACAGUUUCAGUGCAUCCGGUAGUGUUUUUUUCCAUUCUCGAUCAUUAUUUAAGAAGACAAAGAGAACAACAUAGGGUUAUAGGUACCUUGUUAGGAGUAAGAAAUGAGGAUGGCAGUGAAGUAGAAGUUCGCAACUGUUUUCCCGUCCCACACAAUGAAACUCUUAAUCAGGUAGCAGUUGAUAUGGAAUAUCAUCAAAAUAUGUUCGAGCUACAUAAAAAAGUAAAUGCAAAAGAAGUUAUUGUUGGAUGGUAUGCUACAGGUUCUAAUCUUAAUCAAUGGAAUGCCUUAAUACAUGAUUUUUAUUCAAAAGAAGUGUCAGUACCAUUUCAAGCAAUUCAUUUGACAAUGGACACAGAUAUUAAAAAUGAAGAAAAACUCUUGGGCGUCAAAACCUAUGUAAGUGCACCAAUUGGUAUUUCAGCGAAACCAGAAAAUUGUUUGUUUUUACCUGUUCCAUGUGACGUUAAAUAUUUUGAUGCCGAGAAAAGUGGACUUAAUCUUCUUGCAUCUGCCAAGGAUGAUGUAAAUCGUUCAACAUCUUUAAUUUCAGACAUGGAUAAUAUUGAGAAGACUUUAUUAUCUGUACAAGAUAUGUUGGAAAGAAUUAUAAAUUAUACAAAUAAAGAUGGGAGUGUUCUGCCAAAUAGUACAAUCGGAAGAUUUUUGAUGGAUUCAAUUUCAGUUGUUCCAACUAUAGAUAAAAAAGAAUUUGAAAAAAUGUUCUACAGCCAUUUACAGGAUUUAUUGAUGGUCGACUAUCUUGCAAAUUUGACACGUACACAACUUGCAAUUGCAGAAAAAUUACAACUUCUUGAACAGAUUGGAUGA